UCUCACAAAAAUUCCCAACGACAUGUUUCAGUCUCCUUCACCCUGAUUCCUAACAACACCACCAGCCCAACACAACUUUGAACUCUCAGUUCCCAACAAACACCCAGAACCCCAUAUUUCUAAUGUCAAACUGUACGGUCGAGACCUGCACAGUUGAGACCAGUGAUGGAGCCAAGCUCAACACAAGGCUCUUCAGACCCAGAGAAGCCUAACAACAACAACAAAUGAAGGAGGGCAAUGAUCUUGUGGUGGUUCUGGUGCAUCCCUACUCUGUCCUUGGUGGCUGUCAGGGACUUUGGAGAGGCAUAGCAGCUGGGUUAGCUGAGAAAGGUUUCAAAGCUGUCACUUUUGACAUGAGAGGAGUUGGGAGGUCAACUGGGAAGGCUUCUCUUACUGGGUUUGCAGAAAUCAAGGAUGUGAUUGCUGUGUGCAAAUGGGUCUUUGAGAAUUUGUCUGCUAAUAGAAUUUUGCUUGUGGGUUCUUCUGCAGCUCAACUGUCCUUUAUCAUCCAAAGUUGGGAUUUUGAUGAUGUAAGAGUGAAAAUAAGUGGGAUCCACAGGUCUUUCUGCAACUGUAGUGAAUUUUCUCUCUAGGUAGCAGAAAGAAGACGUGAAGAAGAAGCAAGGCGCGGCGAGCAUUUUGAAGAGAAUGAAGCAGAAUGGUAGGAGAGGAGUUGGGCGGGGUAAGAACUCUUCGGAUGUUUCGGAGGAUGAGAGUAAGGAUAGCAUGGUGGAUGAAGAAGAGGAGGAGGAGG